AAAAGAAAAACAAAAGAAAAGGGAAAGAAGAGAGAUGCUAAAGAUUCAAAACGCCAAAAAGAAAGAAAGAAAAAAAAGCCUCCUCCUCAACUCACAGCUCAUAUUUCCAAAUCCCAUCUGAUCAUCUCUUAUGAUCUUUUCCUCUCCCACUUUCUCAGAUCCCAAACACCCCCUCUUCUCCUUCACCCUCUCCUUUACUAUGAUCUCCACUUCUUAGCGCUUGUAUGUAAAUCUAAAUUUUCUGCAGAUCCCCUCAUUCUUGGAAAAUUAAUUUAGCAGCCAAUAAGGAAGAGAAACUCAGGGAAGCCAUGAACGAUUUUGAGGGGCUUUUGGGCACCGAUUUCGGGUUUAAACCCUCAAACAAAUCGACUCCAAUGGCUGCGGGCUCUACUGCCGCUUCUACCAAAGCCUCUGCUAAUCUCGUCAACAAUUUCGAUCUCGGAUCUCGUGGACCCCCCCGAUCCACUCGCGUCUCCAAUUCCUUUAGUGGGUCUCUUACCGAUGAUCGUGAUUCGAUCUUUGGCCCCUCCAACGCUCAGAGGUCCCCAGAUUUUUCUGGUCUCGGAGAUAUUAUGGGUGGCUCGGCUAGGUUUGCUGCCAAAUCGGAGAGUCCCAGGACCGAUUCGGCCUUCAAUUUUGACUCUAUGUUUCCUAGUUCAACUGAGACCGGUUCAAAAUCGUCGGAGCCGGUUUAUGACAAACCAGUUUACGAUGAUGAGGACGACAUUUUCAACGGUGUCCCGGGGUUGACGAGUUCCACAUCCAAGGUUAAGUACGAAGACGUUUUCUCGUCGGUCUCUUCUUCGCCUCCUAAACGAAGCAGCCCCUUUGACGACCUUUUUGGUGGUUUUGGUAAAGCCGAACCCCAAUGGAAGAGCACCGGUGCUAUUAGACCGGAGAAAACCGAUAGGAGUGCGUCGAAUUUCGAUGAUUUGUUACCCGGUUUUGGAGCUACUAGUCCACCAAGUGAAAGGUCAGCUUCAGAGACAAAUUGGCCAUCUGAAACUUCUGUUAAUGCGACCAAAACAAGCUCCAAGGUAGUGGAAGAUCCCUUUGUAGUGCCAGGGCAGUUUAGUGAUCCAUUGGAAGAAAUUAGUAAGCUUUCUAAUUCUGGAAGUAUGAAAAGUGAUUCAGUUGGUAAUGGGAAAGUAUUUGAGGAUGUUGAUCCAUUUGAUGGCCUUGUAAGAUCUGCCACAUCUUUUACCUCAGAGAGAGAUAACAGGGGAAAGGAAGCAAGUACUUUAAGGGCAGAUUCAAGUAGUAGCAGGACCAAAAUGUUUCCUAAUAAUGAAAAAAUUGAGAAGCCAUCUGUGAGAAAUCCAGACAGCCAAGCACAGAAGAAAGCGCCUGUUGAAAAUGACUGGGAUUUUGAGAUGCCUAUGGAUUCUUCCAAUUCUCAUACAUCUGGACAAAAUAUGCCUCCAUUUUAUGCCAGUACUAGUUCCAAGGAAGCAAAUACUCAGGCAGAUAGAUCUCCAACAUCUGUAGAAAAUUUGGAUUCAUCUGAAGAUAUUUGGCUUACUGUUUCAGAGAUUCCUCUGUUUACUCAACCUACUAGUGCUCCACCACCUUCAAGGCCACCACCUCCAAAACCAGUAUCAAAGGCUGGAGUAAAUUCUUCUGCCACUACAAAUGCAAGAAGAAAGACUAAUGAGUUCUCAUCUUUUCCAAAUUUAACUCAAAACCAUCAGGUCCCUAAUUCAGAUCCCGCUGCACCAAGGAGCACGGUUGUGUCUCCAGUUGAUGAGCUUGAAGAUUUUGUCAGGGGUAGGAGCCGAGAUAAUGUUGAUGAGAAUGUAAAUGAUCCUUAUGGCGAACAAUUGGAGAUGAAUUCAGCUGCUGCUGCUAUGAAGGAAGCUAUGGAUAGGGCAGAGGCUAAAUUUAGGCAGGCUAAGGAAGUGAGGGAAAGAGAGAGUACAAAGGCUGCUAGAAGCAAAGAAGCACAUGUAGAUAGAGAUGAAAAAUCAACACAAGAUGAAAGGGCACGUGAAAAGCAGGAGAGAUUUGAGCGUCAACGUUUGCAGAGGGAAAGGGAAGAGGAAGAAAUGGAACAACAGAGACUUGAGAAAGAAAGGGGAAGAGCGAGGGAGUCUGAGAGGGAGCGUGAGGAGAAAGAAAGAGAGGAAAGGAGACUUGAGAGGGAAAGAGAGAGAGCAAGGGAGAUUGAGAAGGAAAGAGUAAAAGCUAGACAAGCUGUGGAAAGAGCUACUAGGGAAGCACGGGAAAGAGCAGCUGCUGAAGCUCGCCAAAGAGCUGAGAGGGCUGCUGUUGACAAGGCAACUGCAGAAGCUCGGGAACGUGCUGAAAGAGUUGCAGUUCAGAGAGCUCAAGCUGAAGCUCGUGAAAGGGCAGCAGCUGAUGCAAAGGAAAGAGCAGAGAAGGCAGCUGCAGAAGCCCGGGAAAGAGCAAAUUCAGAAGCUAAGGAAAGGGAAGCACGUGAUAGGGCUGCUACGGCCAGAGCUGAUGCUGAAGCACGAACUAGAGCAGCAGAGCGAGUUGCUGUUGGAAAGGCUGCUGCUGAGGCUCGGGAAAGGGCUGCCAAUGUUGCUAGGGCAAAUCAACAGAAGAAUGAAAAUGAUUUUGAAUCCUUCUUUAAUAAUCAAGCUCCUAGUGCACCAAGGCCCAGGAAUUCAUCAGAUCCCAUGUUUGAUACUCAAUUUCAGAACAAGCAAGAGCCUGAGGCAACAAGGUCAUCCAAUGGAUUUUCAUCUAACACAAGGAAGGCAAACUCUACUACGAAUAUUGUUGACCUUACGUUAAUUUUUAAUAAUGUUACUCCAUCACCUGGGCAGUUCCAGGAUGUUGAAGGAGAAAGUGAAGAAAGACGAAGAGCUAGAUUAGAACGCCACCAGAGGACCCAACAGAGACAAGCAAAAGCACUAGAAGAGAAGAAUCAGCGGGACCUUCAAUACCAGAGGGAGCAAGCUGAGAGACAUAGAAUUGCUGAAACACUAGAUGUUGAGAUCAAGCGUUGGGCUGCAGGAAAAGAGGGGAAUUUGCGUGCCCUAUUAUCAACCAUGCAAUAUGUGCUCUGGCCGGAAUCUGGAUGGCAGCCAGUUUCUUUGACUGAUAUGAUUACUGCUGCAUCGGUUAAGAAAGUAUAUAGGAAAGCCACUUUGUGCAUUCACCCCGAUAAAGUUCAACAAAAAGGUGCCACUCUUCAGCAGAAAUAUGUUGCCGAGAAAGUUUUUGACCUCCUCAAGGAAGCUUGGAACAAGUUCAAUUCAGAGGAGCUUUUUUGAAUGCUUUUAUGAUGGAACUUUUCUGCUUUGAGAUUCUUCGUUUGACACCUGCAAAAUAUUUUUUGUUAUGAGGGAUAAGGAAAAAUGCCUGCGCUCAUAGGAAAUGUACACAAUUUUGGUCGAAGUUGAAGUGCAUUGGCAAAGACUCGUUCCAUUAGCUAACCAAGAGUCGUUGAUGGUAUUUUCCUGGAUCUCUCUAUAAAUAUCUAUAUAUGUGUUGUAAUUGUUUGCAACAGGAAAUUUGAUCUGGAAUUGUAGAGAUUCUGAAGAUUUGUGGGUGAAAUUGGAAUGUCUUAAGUUGAUGUAGACAACCAAAUUGUGGGUAUCACGGUUGACCAUAUUCAGUGAUUCGCUUGGGUGAGGAGGACAGGUUGUUUGGGGUAUCUUUUUGUCAUUUAUUUUUUAUUUUUUAUUUGUAUUUUUGGGUUUGUGAUAUAUAGCACAUUCAAUACAAAUCCUCAUUAUUUUGUACUUGAUAUAAGAACACUAAUAUAUGCUGUGUAUGAGAAUGAGCUGUGAAUUUUACGAAGAAUAUAAUGAUAUUGUGAUGCAAAAUAA